AUGAGGAAGACAAAGGUGAAUAACCAGAACAUGUUCAUGAAAAUCAUCACGGUGCCCAUCAGAGCUCUGGGCAAGGCCAAGAACUGUUACGUCGGUAGCAUCACGGACGUGGGCGGCAGAUUGACCUACGGCGGUACCCCUGGAGGAUUUAGUGGUACUUGCGGUCGAGGCCUGCCCAAGAGCUACAGCGUUAAGACAACUUCUUCUAGGUCAAGGGAAGAUGACGAUUAUUCAGAGCUUAUUAGGGCUGCGUCAGCAAGGAACUACGAGGAAAGGAUGGACGUGAACAUGAUCAUGCAAGAGCACAUGAAGCGAUCGGCUACAACCACGACUAUGCGAUCAGAUAUGGGAUCGAAAAUCGGAUCGUAUAAUCGGGCAGUUUUGCCAAAGUGCACCGUGGCCAUGGGGAGGAUUGAUGAGGAUGCGCCUGAGGAUUUUGAUGAAGGUGCUGCUGAUGUCAAGGGUGAAUUGCACCCUAGAAGCAGAAGCUAUGCUGUUAGAAAGAAAAGUGCUUUUGCGUUUUGA